UUUCACACAACAAGUCAAACCAGUGGAGUUUCUCAGAGUUUCUCCACCUUUGUCGCUAAAGUCUCGUCUGUCUCUCCGUUUUGUCCAUCCACGGAGUGAAUUACCUGUGUAAUUUUCAGCCGUUUGGAAAUAACCCCAGCCAAAUAAUUACUCAUCCCCCAGUGAUAAGUUAAUCUUCCGAAGCAAAAUCAGUCUGCGAUAGUGUCUCGACUAUUCAUCGAUAAUUCUCCACUAGUGCACAGCUAUCGUUCAAGUAAAAAGAAAAAAAAAACGGUUAACCUGUGAUAACGAACUGUUGGAAGGACGCCCUUGUCUCUCGCCAAUAAAGUCUGUGGUGGUGGUCCCGCCGACUCGCAACAUCGCGGGAUAUUGGACUUUUGGCUGAAUAACGAAUUGAGACUGAGAAAAUGGUAGACUACUAUAAAGUUCUUGAAGUUACACGAGUCGCCACUACCGCGGAUGUCAAGAAGGCCUAUCGCAAACUAGCACUCAAAUGGCAUCCGGAUAAAAACCCAGAUAAUCUUGAGGAGUCGACGAAAAAAUUCAAAGAGAUCUCGGAGGCGUAUGAAGUAUUGAUUGACGAAAAGAAGAGGCGAAUCUAUGAUCAGUAUGGGAAGGAGGGUCUUCAGAUUCCUGGGAAUAAGCGCAGACAUGAGGAUGAAGACUUUGAUCAGUUCCAUAAUUGGUUUGUGUUCAGAGAUCCUGAGGAUGUCUUCAGGGAGUUCUUCCAUGGAUCACCCUUCAAUGAUCUCUUUGAUGUUCUGAAUGGUGGGAAUGGACGCAGGGGAUUACACAGACACAGCUCCAGACAGAAUACAUUGGGCUCACCGUUUGGCACCCUCGAUCUCAGCCUAUCGUCGCCUUUCGGAUUUUUUGGAAAUGGAGGUGAUCUUGGAUUUUCGUCAUUCAGCAGUUUCGCAAGGGGCUCGUCACCAAGCUCUGGGGCUGCUGUGAAAAAAACAAGCACCUCCACCAGAUUCAUCAAUGGAAAAAAGAUAACAACUCACAAGGUCGUCGAGGGUGGCAAAGAGACUAUAACUUUCUAUGAGAACGACGUAAUAAAAUCAAGGACAGUCAACGGAGUUCCUCAAUCAAUCACGUUGAAUGAGGCAUCGACGAGUCGUCAAGUGAGUGACAAAAUCAGCGAUUCGUCGUCAACUGGUGGUCAUACUAGAGACAGUGCGAAAUUGUUGCAUACGGAUAAAACACGGCUAAAGUCCCAUCACCAUCAUCCACAUACGAAGCACGAAAAAACUAAAAGAAAGUGAAUCAUGAGAGAGGAAAAAAAAAAACAACAGCACUUGCUUCAUUCUUAAUCACAACUUCCCUUUUAUAUUUUCGCUGUACGUGACCACCAAUUCCCCCAUCUGUAUCGAUACUUUUAUUAUAUUCAGAUUUAUCCGCUUGAAAACGAAAGAUACGUGAGUCUUGGCUUUGUGCGGUAGCUGUGAAUUCAUCAUUUGAAAAUAAAAUUUACAAGUAUGAGAAAUGAACGACGAAUGUCUGUCAUGAAAAACAAUUAUUCAUCUCUGCUACGCAAUCUUAGAUGUUUGUACUCACUCGUAGAUAUUUAAGGCCAUCUUUUAUCGUCAUUAGCAUCACCUACGUUAAUUGAUCAAAUAUAUGGGUAGACUGCAGUCAAAUUGAAGAAAUGGAGAUUAAUUCACUGUGAAGACUUAAAAAAAUCAUUCGUUUCGUCAAUGCUAUCUCCAAUUCUUAUGAAAUCAACUUCAAUUCAACGUCAUCAUGCGUUUUAGGCAAUUUUCUUUCCUUGAUGAUUAAUGAUAUAUGUGUAUAUAAUGAUAAGAGGUAGAGAUUAAGUUGAAAAAAAUACAGCUCUUAUUAUUCAAGAAA